UCGCAUACGGCCUUCGAUCCGUCAGUAUUUGAUCGUAUUAACAGUGAAUCUGCCCACAAUAUGUUUCGGUAUGGCAGUGGCAUGGAUUUCUCCGGUGAUGGUAAAACUGUCCAAUUCUGCUGAUACUGUGCUGUCACGACCCAUCACCCCCGAAGAGGGGUCUUGGUUGGCUUCUGCUACAAUUAUAUGCGCUUUUUUUGUAAACGCUUUAGCAGCAUAUUUAGCCGAACACUGGGGUAGAAAAAAAAGCAUUGUUAUCUCAUUCCUGCCCAAGAUUACGGCUUGUAUCCUCUACAUAGUUGCGACAGAGUUCUGGAUGUUGCUGUUAAGCAGAGUUUUUGACGGCAUAGCGGAAUCUAUGGUAUGUGUCACAGUGCCAAUGUACGCAGCUGAAGUAGCCAAUAGAGAAAACAGGGGUGCUCUGGGAGCAAUACUUCAAAUUUAUGCAUCAUUUGGUGUGGUCUUGAUGCUGUGCAUAGGUCCAUACGUAUCAUACGCGAACCUAAAUAUUGCGUAUUUGUGCAUAUCAGUGUUAGCUUUUGUGCCAACCAUCUUCUUACCUGAUAGUCCUUACUUUCUGUUUUCUAAAGGACGCAUAGAUGAGUGUCAAAGAACGUUGACAUUUUUAAGAGGGUCCGAAUCAUUAGCUAAAGAAGAGAUUAAGGAAUAUUCAACAAACAACAAUAGAAAAAUUGACAUGAAACUGCUUCUGAGAAACAAAAUAUUUCUGAAAACUAUUCUGAUAAUAACUGUUCUAGGAAUUGGUCUGCAAAGUAUAGGAUACAAUGCAGUCACAUUUUAUCUGCAAACUAUUUUGGAAACUUCUAAUACGAGUAUUAAGUCUGAGAUAGCUUCAGUUAUAAUGGGAUUUGUACAGUUGUCAGCAGCUUUCUGCGCUCAAAUGAUUACAGACAGAUUUGGCAGAAAGAUAAUUUUGAUCACAACACUCUUUGGCAUGUGUUUAGGAUUGAUUGGAUUAGGAAUAUUUUUCAAAAUAAAAGACGACGGGCAUCCUAUAGAAGGAUUUUUAAAUUAUCUUCCCCUCAUAUCGUUGAUUCUGUUCAUUUUCUGCUAUAGUGCCGGCCUAGGCUCAACAUUUUGGAUAAUCGUACCAGAACUUCUUGAAGGCCCUACACGAGCUGUCGGUGUGACCGUUGCUCUGACAACAACGACGUUAUCUACGUUUGUGACAACAAAGUAUUUUGUCUACAUGAACAAUUAUUUACAACCCGCAACAACGUAUUGGAUAUUCGCAGGAAUUUGUGUAGUGUAUUGUUUAUUCAUAAUCGUGUGUGUUCCCGAAACUAAACAGAAAAGUUUUGGUGAAAUACAAAAGGCUUUGGGUGCAAAGAUUGUUGAAGCUGAAUCCUGACCCGAUAGA